AUGGAAAAAUUCGUGAAUUAUCAAAGCUGUUUGUUGUUAUUUGUUUUUGUUUGUGGAGUAAACACAUUAGCAUACGAUGUGCACUGGUUGGGAGGCCCUACAACAAUUGAACGGGAAAUUCAUCCAACAAAGCAAACUGUGGACAUAUAUUGCUACAGUGGAAAUUCAAAAAAUCUGUUUACCUUAUGGCAAACAGUAAAAUUCAAUAUAAAAAUCAAAAAUGAAGAGUUUAAUCAGUACCUUGGAAGCACUCCCGAGGAGGUUUACAAAGACUUCACAGAGAAUAGCUAUCGCUGGCCUGUUGUUAAUCCGUUCCAGAAGAAAUCAUAUAAGACAGUCUCCAUAGAUCUCUAUUCUCCAACAUGUAUGGCCAUUGAUACAAAACAUCGCCACAGUAUUGAGCUACAAAUACAAAGAGUGGACAUUUGGCGUGUGCUAUUAAUGCUAUUUGGUCUGGUCUUAAUAUUUUCUUCUAAAGCACUGAGUGGAAAUCCAGUGUUUUUCUAUCUUUGCGGAAUUCUUGUAGGAGUGUCAGCUUCCUUUAUGUUACUUGUUUAUUAUGUUAGUAAAUUACUGCCAAGGAAAACUCUAACAUACGGCUUACUUGUCGGAGGAUGGACGGUGGGAGUGUACUUGUUGCAACAGAUCUGGGAGAAUAUACGGAGUAUAGUGGUUUCUUACCAAACAUAUAUCUUCUGGUACACGUUGUUGGUCAGCUUUAUUAGUUUCGUGGUGUGCUACAGAAUCGGUCCGCCGAAAAAUCAGCGAAGCAAGAAUCUCGUCAUGUGGACACUACAGGCUGUUGGUGUUUUAAUAAUAUUCUUCAGCAGUCAGUAUCAAGAAGCGUCGGCGGCAGUCGCCAUCAUGGCGAUGUGUGUGAAGUACUUCCCGCAAUCGCUACUCUACAGUAUACAGGGCUACUGGCGGCGUAAGUUCCCGCCGCGGCCGCGGCUGUUGAGCAGUGAGGAGUACUACGAGCAGGGCGCGCGCGAGACCAAGCGCGCGCUUGACGAGCUGCGGCGGCACUGCAGCAGCCCCGACUGCAAGCAGUGGGCCAUCAUGCUGCGCAUCAGCGAUCCCAAGCGAUUCGCGAGCUUUGUCGAGGGAAACUCCCACUUAAGUGAUGAUGAAGUUUUGAACUAUGAAUCGUACGCGUUCUCGCUGGAAAGAAGUAAGCCCAUAGCCAACUCUACCAGGAAUAAUCUGGAUAUAUCAGAGGACGACUCUUCCGACGAUGAAGAAUAUUUCUGA